AUGGCAUUAAGCAAAAUUUGUGGUGCUAUCCUCAUCACUGCCUUCAUCUACCUCGGCUUCAGGAUCCUUCAGCGACGAUCAUCUAGCCUGCCCCUUCCACCAGGUCCCACGCUCAUCUCAAUGUCAACGCCAGACCGAGAUAUAUGGCGAACAUUUGGGGAAUGGCAUAUGAAGUAUGGUCCCAUAGUCAGCCUAAGACUGGGCUUCCAGACCGUGAUUAUACUCGGCAAUCGUAAGAUUGCGCAGGAUCUUCUCGAAAAACGAAGCAUCAUUUAUAGUUCACGUCCAAAGUCUAUUCUUAUCGACAAAUACCUGUGUAAGGGCCUCCAACCUGCUUUCAUGCAAUACGACACUGUAUGUCGUCUCCAUCGACGGUUGGAUACAUUUCUUCUGAGUACCCGGGCGUCUCAGGCAUAUAAAAGAAUCCACGAUCUCGAAAGCAAGCAACUCACAUAUGAAUUGCUGUCGGAAAGGGACUUUUAUAAACCACUACAUCGUUAUACUUCCAGCGCAAUGUUUACUCUAGUCUAUGGCAAAGCCUUAACAGAUCCCCACCACGAUAUUCAAGAGAUACAGAUUCUUGAUGAUUGGGUUGAAUACGCCAUCAAAGGACUAUCCAUUGGGAGCUUCAUGGUUGAUGCAUUUCCAAUCAUCGAUCGAUUCCCCAGGUUUCUUACAAGAUGGAAGUCAUCAGUCGAGAAUGUUCACCGAAAAGCAAAUCUUGCGUUCAAGCAAUGUUACAACGCCGGUAUUCAAGAGGAAGGAUGGAAUUGGAGCCGAGAAAUUCUUCAGAGAAAGGAUACCAAGGAGCUAUCUCAUGAGCGACUUGCUUCCUAUAUGGGAGGAUUAUAUCUUGCUGGGAGCCACUCUACCCAUUUAAGCCUGGAAAGUUUCGUCAUAACAUGUCUUCUACAUCCAAAUGCCGUCAAAAAGGUUCAAAGAGAGCUCGACUGUGUUAUUGGCUUACAAAGACUACCAUCGUUUGAGGAUACAGACAAACUUCCUCAAGUCAACGCAUUCAUCAAUGAGGUCAUGAGAUGGCGCCCGGCGGCUCCACUGGGGUUCCCGCACUCUGCUUCAGAAGACAAUGAAUACAUGGGAUAUCUUAUCCCUGCAAAUUCUAUAGUCAUUACGAACCAAUGGCAGAUGAAUAUGGACGAGAACACAUUCAACGACCCCGAAUUAUUCCAACCCGAAAGAUGGAUUAAAAAUCUAGAUCUCCCUCUUUCCUCUUUUGGUUUCGGACGCAGGGCGUGCCCAGGGCAGCAAGUAGCUCGAUCUACGCUAUUCAUUGCUGUUUCCCGGUUGCUUUGGGCAUAUAAUAUCUUGUGCCCUGAAGUUGACCAACAUAAGAAAGAGCAAGCGGCCAACAGUUCUGGUGAUCAGGGGGCUGCAUUCAGACCUUCGCGAUUCAAUGCCUGUUUUGAAAUCCGGAGUCCCGAGCACAGGGAUGCGAUUGAAAGGGAGUGGGCCUCUGCGAACAAGGAUAGAAGUCAAAUCCUGGCUGACAUUGGCGAUCAAAUUUUCGGUUCAUAG